UGGGUUCCCACUGCCGAUCAGAUCAACUCGAUCAUCCCGAUCACCCAAAUUCCCCGAUCAGGCCCGACCAUGCUCGACUAAAGGCGAAUACACGACUUCUUCUCGACCUCUUGUCGAUCACACACGAUUUCCACACGAUUAUUCACGACUCCUUCACGACGUCAACCCGACCACCUUUCCGAUUUCCGCUCGAUCAUCCCGACCUUUACACGAUCCCUACACGAUCUCAACUCGACCUACUGGAUCUCUGCUCGAUCGGUGUCAGAUCUUUCCCCGACCCGAUCGUCAUAGUCGUACUCGAGUCGUAGAAGGUCGUGAACAGUCGUGUACCAAAACUUUUAGAAUAAAAACUUCAAACAGUGUUGAUCAUUAUCACUUCAUCCUGAAACUUCAUGGUAUAUGUUGUGUCCAGCAUAGUAUACAUAUUUAUGGAGAUUGAGCAGUUGCAGAUGUGGGCCAGAUGGUUAGAGCUCCAGAGAGACAGGGCCAUUGCAGUGCUAGAGUUGGAACAAGAGGAAGAGGCUGAGGGUCGUAGGCAUAGACGUAGGCGACAAAUGCGCAGGAAAAUAUGGAUGAAGCAGUGGCUUGCACGACGACCCCUGUAUGGGCAUUAUGAGCAACUGCUACAGGAGCUAAACAGGGAAGACCCAAAAGGAUACAAAAAUUUCCUAAGGGUAGACGCUGAUAUGUUUGGGGAGCUUGUUGAUCGCAUAUCACCCAGAAUUCAGAAAAAGAACACCAACUUCAGGUAAAUCAUGGGUUUGAUCCCCAUCAUUUUCACGUAUUUCUGAAAUAAUUAGUCAUCUAGUUACUUUUCCAACCAAUUGACAUCAACAGCUCUGUGCAAUUGUCACUAAUAUUUAAGAAAUUUUAAUACGUUGUAUAAUAGCAGGCUAGUUAUUACUUAUCAUUGUUCAAUCUCUAUUUCAGGGAAGCCCUGGAGCCUGAUUGAAGUUGGCGGUCACUCUUCGUCAUCUCGCAACUGGAGCCUCGUAUUCAGACUUGAUGUACUCAUUCCGAGUGGGAAGUAACACAAUAAGUAAAUUCGUCCCUGAAGUUUUGGAUGCUAUAAUACAGGAGUACUCUGAAGAGGUUUUGCCAGACGUCGUCACUGCUGAACAAUGGCAGCAGAUUGCAGAUGACUUCCGAACCAAGUGGAAUUUUCCUCAUGUCUGCGGGGCUCUUGAUGGUAAGCACGUGAGGAUAAAGAACCCGAAGAACUCUGGAUCUCUGUUCUAUAACUAUAAAGGCUUCUUUUCCAUAAUACUACUCGCACUCGUAGACGCAAACUACAAAUUCAUCUGGGUAAGCGUUGGUGCUAAUGGCAGUGCAUCCGAUGCCCAGCUAUUCAAUAACACUGAACUCAGAACCAUGCUAGAAGAAAACAACCUUGGUUUGCCUGACCCUGAUCCACUGCCUGGCGAUGACAUGAACACCCCAUACUUCCUCAUUGGAGAUGACGCCUUCCCGUUGAGAACUUGGAUGAUGAAGCCAUACUCCAGACGCAACUUGACCAACGAGGAGCGCAUAUUCAAUUACAGGUUGUCCAGGGCUAGACGAGUGGUAGAAAACGCCUUCGGUCUUCUCGCUAUGCGGUUUCAGUGCCUACUUGGCUGCUUGAACCAGAUGCCCGAAACCGUUGACUUGAUUAUUCUUGCAUGUGUCACACUGCAUAACCUUAUCAGCAUACGGUACCCUGCCAUUGCAAGACUGGCCGUCGACCAAGAGGACGAGCAUAACCAAUAG